AUGAGUAAAAUUAAAGUUUUGAGUGUUACAGGUAAUCCAGAUUUAAUACAUUUUCGGACUCUUUAAAAGAAUGAAAGAAAAAAGACAUAUGAAAUUUAAGAAUUGCAUGAGGUAAUCAAUAAAUAAUUUAAGUUUAGUCUGAAUAUGAUCAUUAGAUUAAAAUACUAAAAAGAGAUGCUUCUCUAAGAAUAUAGCUAAAAAGAUUGCAACCAUUAUUUAAUCAAGAGCCUUUUACAAUUGAUGACUCUUUCACAUCGAAAACUGUUAAAAGGUAAGUGUAAUCUCAAAUAAUUUAGACCAUUAUUGCUUAUUCAAAAUGGUACACCUAUGGUCCAUUCAAGUAGACGAACUAAAUUUACUUAAAGUUUAAUCAACUAGGCAUAUGAAUCCUAAUUAUCUUUUUUUAAUUCAAGGAAAAAAAGUAAAUAUAAUAAUCAAUUUUAUAGCAUAUGUAUAAAUUAUUUUAUCUAUUGAUGAAUAACUUUAUCCAUUAAUUGUUGAAUUAUAUACAGAGUAUGCUCCUAAAGCGUGUGAAAACUUUAUAAAAUUAUGUGAGGGUGUCACUAUAGAUGGAAACUUUUACACUUAUAAAAAUACUAAAUUUUCUAAAUUUAAGCCAAAUGGUACAAAUUAUUAUUAUAACACUAGGAUUCUUAUAAGGUGGAUAAUUUGCAAAAAAAGUUUCAAUUUAUGGAGAUUAUUUUGAAGAUGAAUCAUAUGCACUCUAGCAUGAUUGUGAAGGUAUCAUUGGAUUAGUUAAUGAUGGAUUUUAACAUACAAAUCAUUCAUAAUUUUAUAUUACAUUAGCUCCUAUGAGUUAUUUUAAUUUUAAACGAGUAGCUUUUGCUAAAGUUAUUAGAGGAAUGAAAUCAUUUAAGAAAAUUUUAAAAUAAGAAUAAAUCUCUCAUAGUAUUACUAUUUAAGAAUGUGGAAGAUAUGAUCAUUAAGUUUAAAUAAUGAUGAAAUUGGAGAAAUUUUCUGAAGAUUUUGCUAGUAUCUUACCAGAAAAUGCUGAAUCAUUUAAUAAAUUUAUUGAAGCAGAAUAAGAGAAACAUAGUGAAGCAUAAGGAGAUUUUACUUAGUUAAUAAAAUUUUUAGUUGAAUAAAUGAAAUAAAUUUCGAAAUUUGCAUAUUCGUUAACUGCAAUUAAGAAAGCUAUUUUAUUAUUAAAUGAAUCAUUUAAGAAAAGUCAAUUAUGUUUAAUGUUAUACAUUUUAGAUAAUUAAUAAGUCUUAUUAUCAGAUAAUUAAUAAGGAAAAUAUUUAGUAGUAUUUAGAGCAAUUGAUGGAAAUGAUUCUUGUAGAGGAUCAGCAUUUAUAGUAUUUAAAAAGCAAACAACAAAAUUCAAAAAUGUUACAUUAAAUGACUUAAAAUAAAGUGGAGAAUAAGUAGUCGGAGUUUGUUAUUGUGUUUAUGGAACAACAACUUAAUUGGUCUUAGGAAUAGGUUAUAAUUUAAGCAUGUUUACAUUUUAGAAUAAUGAAUUCAAAUUAUAAUAAUAAGAGUAUUUAGAUAAUAUUAAAAUAAUAGAUUAUAAAUACCAAAAACUGAAACAUUUUAUUGUACAGAUAUUAAAGAUGAUUUUAUAUAAUAAAAAAUCAUAAAUAAUUUGGCUACUACAAAUUUGAGAUACACAAAUAGUAUAUUCACAACUUUGCAUCGUGUUGUAAGACUAGGAGGUUUAGCAAUGUAUUAGAAUGUGACAAUUUUCGAGGCAAUAAUUUGUGCAUUCAUUUUAACAAGAUCAUGGGGUUGGUCAUUUUGUGCAGAAACUAGUAAUAUUAUAUUAUUAUUUUAGCCACGUUGAAUUAAAUAAAAAUUAAAGAUGUUAAACAAUUAACUUAUCUUUAUUUAGGUUAAUAGAAAUGGAUCUAGAAAAUAGAGAAUCAUUAUUUAUAAAUAGUUUGA